UUACUAUCAUCUUGCGUUUUAAUGAUAUUGUUCACGCUAUUUGUUAACAUAAUUUCUUAUUUUUCAGGCAUCUAUCCCCCUUCUAGCGGAAGAUGUUGAUACAGAUGCAAAGGCAGGAGAAGUAUUAAAUGAAUUAAAUCUCCUCACAGAAAUUGAAGAAUCGCCAUCUGGUUCUAUUUAUCUGGAAAUGAAUUCUUCAAAGAGGUUUAUUACAUAGAGGAUUAUAACAAGAUCCAAGACACCCAAAUAAUAAAGAAGGCGGUGACUCCAUGCUAGAAUUAGGAGAAUUAGAACUAUUAUGUAUUAACAAUGAUGCAUAAAUAUCGUAUGAUUUUGAUCUCUUCGAACGUUUCGAUAAUCUCUGCGAGCAUCACGGAUGUGAGAAGAUAUCUACAUUGGGCGACUGCUACUUUUGCGUAAGCGGAUGUCCCGAGCCGAGGUCCGAUCACACAAAGUGCUGCAUAGAAAUGGGUGAGAAAUGGGUCUAACUAUAAUCGAAGCGAUCAAACAAUUCGACAUCGAAAGAAGAGAAGGUGUGAACAUGAGAAUAGUUGUGCACAUGGGCACCGUGCUUUGCAGGAUCAUGAGUACGAAAAGAUUCAAGUUCAAUGUCUGGUCGAACGAUGUGACAUUGGUGAAUAAACUUGAGAGCGGGAAACGGGAAAACCCGGUCGUGUACACUUGUGUGAGAAUACUCUGAGAUUUCUGGACGACCAGUACAUUAUGGAAGAGGAAAAACUAGUCAAUGGCGUUAAAACUUAUUUCAUCCGAGCCUGCAAGUCGGACUUCAUGAAUCAAUUUAUCAUGAACGUUACGUCACCGAAAAGUAUCUCAUCGUUGAUGCAGUCACGUAGCCUUCUGGCGUCGUGCAAUACUCAGGUUAAGCCACGCCAUCAUUAUCUCUACAUGGUCAUCAACACGAGCAACUACCGGAUGAAAGCUAAUUCUUUGCUGAGUAUCUUGGAUUCCGAGAAUGGCGGCGACACUAUAGACGAAAAAGAGGAUUCAAACAAGAGCCCGACGUCCACCGCUAGUUACGGCAAGAAGAAAGUACGAAACAAACCGUGGAAGUACUUGCAGAGGCAACGGACGACCGAGGAGAUGACACCGCUGGAGAUAGAAGAGGGGAGAAACAUCGCCAUGGGACGAGCGAAACCUGAAGUCCAGGUGUAUGAGGAGUACAAUGGGUUUAGACGAAUUCCUCUUACCAAUGGUGUCGAGAAUGGAUCCGAAUCCUAUACCUUCUACUCCUUUAUUAUCUGGUUAAGAACCGAUUAGUCACGCUUCUUCCAUAUGCAGCAGGAAGGAUUCCGGCAUCAAGAGUAACAGCAAGCAGUUAUUCCUAAUAAACGGCAUAGCCCAAGGCGAUCUUUUAGAACACAGGGUCAGUGGCUAUUAUACUUCUAUUUGGACGUUAAAUUCUACUCAGCCUUCGUUGUCGAUACCUCCUUACCUGUUUCCACCGAUAGUGAUGGAUACAUUCGGCGCAUGCUUUCAUAAACUGCGAGAGCGAUCCGAUCUCCAGUUGAUUAGAUGUGUCCAAGACAACGUGAGCUCUCAACGUUCGUACUUCAUUAAGCCACCGCUAUCCAACGUUACUCUCUUUUUCAAGAACAAGGAGAUGGAGAAGGAGUACCGAGAGAAUGCGUACAAAGCUAGCGAAGGUAUUGGUGGCAAUCCGCCUACCCUGGUUACUUCGAGGUUCAACAUGUAUUUUGAUAUUUUUAUAUCCGCUCUGGUCUAUCAGAGAUCGUGAUGGUCAUGGCCAUCACGAUCUCUCUUUUCAUAUUACAUAAAAAUAUAAGGAAAAAAACCCUCUCGAGAGAGAAAGAGCUUCAUAAUUUGUAUCCAUUCUAUUAUGUCUAUAUAUGAGAAGAUAUAUUGAUACAUGGAAAUAUUCUUACAUCUUGUAAUCAUAUGCGCACAUGGCAAAAUAUGUUUUUGAGAAGAACAAAGGAAAAUAUAAUGAAGAAGAUAUGAAAAGAAGAGCAGAAACGAAGAGAAAAAAGAAAAAGAAGAGAAAAAACGUGAGGAGGAGGCAGAAGAACGUUUAGCCACUCUAUGUCAGAUUGGAGAUCGCUGUGAGGUAUCUGUUCUAAAUGAACGAAAGCGAAGAGCUACAAUUUUAUAUGUUG